GGAAGCUGCAUCAUGCGAAGUUUAUAGAGGCUAAAAGUUGGCGAUAUUUUGCGUAUUCUUGGCAAUCCGCAUGCUCCUAAUACCGUGUUGAAGUUGUUUUUUUGUAGUGAUCGUUUUCCAGCUAACAUGCAGGCGGAAUCACCCGUAACGUCUCCGAAAUUUGAUUUGUUAGACUCGUGUGGUAAAUUUCGUGUGCUGGUUGGGGUCACGGGUAGUGUGGCAGCGCUCAAAGUGCCUCUGUUGGUCUCCCAACUUCUAGAGUUACCCGGGGUGGAUGUGCGUGUUGUCACUACAGAACACGCCAAGCACUUCUACAACCCUGCUGAUGUGGCUGUCAGAGUCUACAGUGACACACAUGAGUGGGAGAUGUGGAGCCAGCGUUCUGACCCUGUCCUGCACAUAGAGCUGAGACGCUGGGCUGACCUCCUCGUUAUAGCCCCUCUGGACGCUAACACACUGGGGAAGAUCGCCAGCGGCAUCUGUGACAACUUACUGACGUGUGUGGUACGGGCCUGGGAUACCAGUCGUCCUCUACUCUUCUGUCCAGCGAUGAACACUGCUAUGUGGCAUCACCCCAUCACCUCUCACCAGGUGGACAUCCUUAAAGAGUUUGGCUACGUGGAGAUCCCCUGCAUCGCCAAGAAACUGGUCUGUGGAGACCACGGUAAAGGGGCCAUGGCAGAGGUGUCAACGAUCGUCGAUGUCGUGAACCAAUUCAUCCAGAAAGCUGCCGAGUCUCCUCAGGAAGGAGCAGGCCAGGUGCUGUGAGGAAGGAGCAGGCCAGGUGCUGUGAGGAAGGAGCAGGCCAGGUGCUGUGAGGAAGGAGCAGGCCAGAUGCUGUGAGGAAGGAGCAGGCCAGGUGCUGUGAGGAAGGAGCAGGCCUGUGAAUAUUAAUGAACUGCAGAUAGUAAAACUCAGAUGGACUCCUAGACCCUAUGCACUUGUGGAGGUCUGAGAGGAUUUUGAUUGGAAUAGGUCAUAUGCUGAAACUUAUUACCAUAGUGACUGCGCCUGUCAAAUCUUCUCAGAUCUGCUUAAAUCAAUCCCUAGGUUCUAGGGGUCCGUUUGGGAUUGGGCCAGGGUCCGUUUGGGAUUGGGCCAGGGUCCGUUUGGGAUUGGGCCAGGGUCUAGGGGUUCCGUUUGGGAUUGGGCCAGGGGUCCGUUUGGAAUUGGGCCAUUGACACGAAGAUGAGGCAUUCAGAUGAAGAUUGCUGCAGUUGUGAUGUAAUCAUUUGAAUGUAAUGAACCAAUUUUAUUGAAGCCAAAUGUUAAAGAGACAAGAGUUUGCAAUACAUGUUUGUAAUUUAAUUAUCAAGGAAUUUGUGUCGGAUAUUCUUGCUGACUUGGAUUAGCAGCAACUGCUGCUAUGUGAGUGUUAUGUCAUGCUUUGUUAUGUCAUCCUUCUUAGUAAGGACCCAUGGUGACUCUUGCCAUAGGGGUCCGUUUGGGAUUGGGCCAGGGGUCCGUUUGGGAUUGGGCCAGGGAUCCGUUUGUGGAUUGGGCCAGGGAUCCGUUUGUGGAUUGGGCCAGGGGUCCGUUUGGGAUUGGGCCAGGGGUCCGAUUGGGCCAGGCGUCCGUUUGGGAUUGGGCCAGGGAUCCGUUUGUGGAUUGGGCCAGGGGACCGAUUGGGAUUGGGCCAGGGGUCCGUUUGGGAUUGGGCCAGGGGUCCGUUUGGGAUUGGGCCAGGGAUCCGUUUGGGCCAGGGGUCCGUUUGGGAUUGGGCCAGGGAUCCGUUUGUGGAUUGGGCCAGGGGUCCGAUUGGGCCAUUGACACGAAGAGGAGGCAUUCAGAUGAAGAUUGCUGCAGUUAUUCCUUCUUAGUAAGGACCCAUGGUGACUCUUGCCAUAGGUUAUCGCUGGCCACUCCAGAACAGUCGAGUGUUUAUUCUUGAAUCAUUACUGGGUGCUUCUGGAUGUAUGUUUGGGGUCAUUAUCCUGCUGGAAUACCCACAACCUUCAACGGAGACCCAGUUUCCGGACACUGGGUUGAUGUUAGAGGAAUUAAAUUUAUGUUUUAAUUAACCAAUUCAAUUAAACACUCUGCCCACUCCUAA